AGUACGCUGCCUGCGUUGGGCGGGCCUAUUGUUGUGGGCGGAGAGCUCGGGCGGUGCUCUAUUUGCGUAGGACCAGCCUCGCAGGGGGAAGGGAGGGCAGGAGGCUGUCCCGGGCCCAGGUGAAUGGAGGAACCUGACAGCUGGGGGGAGUGAGGCGGCGGCGGCGGGGAAAUGGCGGCGGGAGCAGCACAAUGAGACGCGGCCUGUAGCCUGGAAGCUCUGGGCUGGGUCCAGUCCGGCAGGUUACCUAGGGUGAAACAAAAUUACAGGCUUGGAAACUCUGGAAAAGCUCUGUAGCAGCAUUAGAGAGCAGAAGCUUGCAAAUGAUGCAAUUAAUGUACAAACUGAUAUCAUGAUGUCAAAAUGCAGUUCAAAGAACACAAACACAGAUCUCAGAAAUUAAAACGCAGGUCAGGAAGAAUCCGUCAGGAACUCCAGCUGUUGACAAUACUACAUGGGUUAUAGAGGAAGCUCUUCAGAGGCAGUUGACUGAGAAGAAGGAACGGAGAGGGUGUGUGGCAGGCAGCACCCCGUGUACCAGCAUAUGAGCAUGCGGCUCCAGAGGGCACUAGAGCCAGCCUGAUACCACCGAAGGAAAAAAUCUCCGGCAACGGUGCACACCCCUAACAUGGAAUGUGAGCAACACAUCUUGAAGAACAACAGUUACGGAAGUAAGCUGUGCUGGAACAAAAAUGCAAUGAAAGAAACACUGGAUGAAUGAAUGAAUGAAAAGCCCUGCUUUGCAAUCCCUCAGCAUGGCAGGACUGCAGCUUAUGACCCCUGCUUCCUCACCAAUGGGUCCUUUUUUUGGACUGCCAUGGCAACAAGAAGCAAUUCAUGAUAACAUUUACACGCCAAGAAAAUAUCAGGUUGAACUGCUUGAAGCAGCUUUGGAUCAUAAUACGAUAGUCUGUUUAAACACUGGCUCAGGGAAGACUUUUAUUGCAGUACUACUUGCUAAAGAGCUGUCCUAUCAGAUCAGGGGAGACUUCAACAAAAAUGGAAAGAGAACAGUUUUCUUGGUCAACUCAGCAAAUCAAGUUGCUCAGCAAGUGUCAGCUGUCAGGACCCAUUCAGAUCUGAAGGUGGGGGAGUAUUCAAUUUUAGAAAUAAUUGAAUCAUGGACAAAGGAGAAGUGGAAUCAAGAAUUUGCUAAACAUGAGGUUCUGGUUAUGACAUGUCACGUCAUUUUGAAUGUUUUAAAAAAUGAAUACUUAUCCCUGUCAAACAUUAAUCUUCUGGUGUUUGAUGAGUGCCAUCUUGCAAUCCAGGACCAUCCGUAUCAAGAAAUUAUGAAGAUCUGUGAGAACUGUCCAUCCUGUCCUCGAAUCCUGGGAUUAACAGCUUCCAUUUUAAAUGGGAAAUGCGAUCCUGCUGAGUUAGAGGAGAAGAUUCAGAAACUGGAGAAAAUCCUAAAGAGCAAUGCUGAAACUGCAACUGAUUUGGUGGUCUUAGAUAGAUAUACUUCUCAGCCAUGUGAGAUUGUGGUAGAUUGUGGACCAUAUACCGACAAAAGCGGGCUGUAUGAAAGAUUGUUAAAAGAAUUGGAUGAAGCACUUAACUUUCUAAAUGACUGCAACAUAUCUGUACAUUCAAAAGAAAGAGACUCUACGUUAAUUUCUAAACAGAUACUGUCAGACUGUCGAGCUGUGUUGGUUGUUCUGGGACCCUGGUGUGCAGAUAAGGUAGCUGGAAUGAUGGUGAGAGAGCUACAGAAGUACAUCAAACAUGAGCAAGAGGAGCUGCACAGGAAAUUUUUAUUGUUUACAGACACUUUCCUAAGGAAAAUACAUGCACUGUGUGAAGAGCACUUCUCACCUGCCUCACUUGAUCUGAAAUUUGUAACCCCGAAAGUAAUAAAACUGCUUGAAAUCUUGCGCAAAUAUAAACCAUAUGAGCGGCAGCAGUUUGAAAGUGUUGAGUGGUAUAAUAAUAGGAAUCAGGAUAAUUAUGUGUCUUGGAGUGAUUCUGAAGAUGAUGAUGAGGAUGAAGAAAUUGAGGAGAAAGAGAAGCCAGAGACAAAUUUCCCUUCUCCCUUUACUAAUAUUUUAUGUGGAAUUAUUUUUGUGGAAAGGAGAUACACAGCAGUCGUCCUAAACAGGUUGAUAAAGGAAGCUGGAAAACAGGAUCCAGAACUGGCUUACAUCAGUAGCAAUUUUAUAACUGGACAUGGCAUUGGAAAGAAUCAGCCUCGUAACAAACAGAUGGAAGUGGAAUUCAGAAAACAAGAAGAGGUACUUAGAAAAUUUCGAGCACAUGAGACCAACUUACUUAUUGCUACUAGUAUUGUUGAAGAGGGUGUUGACAUACCAAAAUGCAAUUUGGUGGUUCGUUUUGAUUUGCCCACAGAAUACCGUUCCUAUGUGCAGUCCAAAGGAAGAGCCAGGGCACCAAUCUCAAAUUACAUCAUGUUAGCAGACACAGACAAAAUCAAAAGUUUUGAAGAAGAUCUUAAAACCUACAAAGCAAUUGAGAAGAUCCUCAGAAACAAAUGCUCAAAGUCCGUUGAUACUAGUGAAACUGAAACUGAAUCCAUCGUGGAUGAUGAUGAUAUCUUUCCACCCUAUGUGUUGAGGCCAGAUGAUAGCAGUCCAAGAGUUACAAUUAACACUGCGAUUGGACACAUCAAUAGGUACUGCGCAAGAUUGCCAAGCGAUCCAUUUACUCAUCUGGCUCCUAAGUGUAAAACCCGAGAACUGCCUGAUACUACAUUUUAUUCAACUCUCUACCUGCCAAUCAACUCACCUCUUCGAGCCUCUAUUGUUGGUCCUCCAAUGAGUUGUGCAAGACUGGCUGAGAGAGUGGUAGCUCUUAUUUGCUGUGAAAAACUUCACAAAAUUGGUGAACUGGAUGACCACUUGAUGCCGGUUGGAAAAGAAACGGUUAAGUAUGAGGAGGAGCUUGAUCUACAUGAUGAAGAAGAAACCAGUGUUCCAGGAAGACCAGGAUCUACAAAACGAAGGCAGUGCUACCCUAAAGCUAUUCCAGAAUGUUUGAGAGAUAGUUACCCCCAACCUGAUCAUCCCUGUUAUCUGUAUGUAAUAGGAAUGGUGUUAACUACCCCUUUGCCUGACGAGCUCAACUUUAGGAGGCGAAAGCUGUAUCCUCCAGAGGAUACAACAAGAUGCUUUGGAAUACUGACAGCCAAACCUAUACCUCAGAUUCCUCACUUUCCUGUGUACACACGUUCUGGAGAGGUUACUAUAUCUAUUGAGCUAAAGAAGUCUGGUUUUAUGUUGUCUUUACAAAUGCUUGAGCUGAUCACAAGACUUCACCAGUACAUUUUCUCUCACAUUCUUCGGCUUGAGAAACCUGCACUAGAGUUCAGACCUACAGAAGCUGAUUCAGCCUAUUGUGUUCUACCUCUUAAUGUUGUUGAUGACUCCAGCACUUUGGACAUUGACUUUAAGUUUAUGGAAGAUAUUGAAAAAUCUGAAGCACGUACAGGCAUUCCCAGUACAAAGUACACAAAAGAAACUCCAUUUAUUUUCAAAUUAGAAGAUUACCAGGAUGCAGUUAUCAUUCCAAGGUAUCGAAAUUUUGAUCAGCCUCAUCGAUUCUAUGUAGCUGAUGUAUACACUGAUCUUACUCCACUGAGUAAAUUUCCUUCCCCUGAAUAUGAAACUUUUGCUGAAUAUUAUAAAACAAAGUAUAAUCUUGACCUGACCAAUCUCAACCAGCCACUGCUGGAUGUGGACCACACAUCUUCAAGACUUAAUCUUUUGACUCCUCGCCAUUUGAAUCAGAAGGGGAAAGCUCUUCCACUAAGCAGUGCUGAGAAGAGGAAAGCUAAGUGGGAAAGUCUGCAAAAUAAGCAGAUAUUGGUUCCGGAGCUCUGUGCUAUACAUCCUAUUCCAGCAUCGCUGUGGAGAAAAGCAGUUUGUCUCCCUAGCAUACUUUAUCGUCUGCACUGCCUGUUGACAGCUGAGGAACUGAGAGCCCAAACAGCCACUGAUGCUGGUGUAGGGGUUAAAUCACUUCCUGCAGACUUCAGAUAUCCUAACCUGGACUUCGGGUGGAAAAAGUCCAUUGACAGCAAAUCCUUCAUCUCUAUUCCUAGCUCCACUUUAGCAGAGAAUGAAAAUUACUGUAAGCACAGCACAAUUGUAGUCCCUGAAAAUGCUGCACAUCAAGGUGCUACAAGAGCCUCCUCUGCAGAAAAUCAUGACCAAAUGUCUGUGAACUACAUAACAUUGCUCAAUGAGUCACCCAGUAAACUCCAAAUUGAUGUAUCGGUAGAACUUGCAGCAAUUAAUGGUGUUUCUUAUAAUAAAAAUCUUGCCAAUGGCAAUUGUGAUUUAGUUAACAGAGACUUUUGCCAAGGAAAUCAACUGAAUUACUGCAGGCAGGAAAUACCUGUACAACCAACUACCUCAUAUCCCAUUCAGAAUUUAUACAACAGUGAGAACCAGCCCAAGCCCAGCAAUGAAUGUACUCUACUGAGUAAUAAAUACCGUGAUGGAAAUGUUAACAGAUCUACCUCAGAUGGAAGCCCCAAAAUGGCAGUGACCACCAGUACUUCAGAAGCUCUUAAUUUUUCAAAAGACAGAAUGGAUUCUGAAAAGAACUGUUCAAGUGGAUACUCCUCAAAAACUCUUGGCCCAAACCCUGGUCUCAUUCUUCAGGCUUUGACGCUUUCAAAUGCUAGUGAUGGAUUUAAUCUAGAGCGGCUCGAAAUGCUUGGUGAUUCAUUUUUAAAGCAUGCCAUCACUACAUAUUUGUUUUGCACUUACCCAGAUGCUCAUGAGGGACGCCUGUCAUAUAUGAGAAGUAAAAAAGUCAGCAAUUGUAACUUGUAUCGUCUUGGGAAGAAGAAAGGGCUGCCUAGUCGUAUGGUGGUAUCUAUUUUUGAUCCACCUGUCAAUUGGCUCCCUCCUGGUUACAUAGUAAACCAAGACAAGAGUAACGCAGACAAAUGGGAGAAAGAUGAAAUGACAAAAGAAAGCUUGUUAGCUAAUGGUAAACUUGAUGAUGAUUAUGAUGAGGAGGAGGAUGAAGACCUAAUGUGGAGGUUACCCAAGGAAGAAGCUGACCUUGAAGAUGAUUUUUUGGAAUAUGAUCAGGAACAUAUCAAAUUCAUUGAUAAUAUGUUAAUGGGAUCUGGGGCUUUUGUGAAGAAAAUUUCUCUCUCACCCUUUUCAACCACUGAUUCCAGCUAUGAAUGGAAAGCACCCAAAAAAUCAUCCCUGGGUAGCAUUCAAUUUUCUUCAGAUUUUGAUGAUUUUGACUACAGUUCUUGGGAUGCUAUGUGCUAUCUGGAUCCUAGCAAGGCUGUCGAAGAAGAUGAUUUUGUAGUAGGCUUCUGGAAUCCGUCAGAAGAAAACUGUGGUGUUGACACAGGGAAACAGUCAAUCUCGUAUGACUUGCAUACGGAGCAGUGUAUUGCCGACAAAAGCAUUGCAGAUUGUGUGGAAGCCUUGCUGGGUUGCUAUCUGACCAGCUGUGGUGAAAGAGCUGCUCAGCUUUUCCUGUGUUCAUUAGGGCUGAAGGUGCUCCCAGUAAUGAAAAAAACUGAGUGGAACAGGACUUCGUGUUCUAGCAGGGAGAAUUUUAGCAGUCAACAGAAAAAUCUUUCACCAAACUGUGCUUCUGCCUCUGUAGCCAAUUCAGAGUGUUCUCUGUGUAAAGAAAUGGAGUAUGGCUGUUUGAAGAUUCCACCAAGGUGUAUGUUUGAUCACCCAGAUGCUGAAAAAACCCUGAAUCACCUGAUAUCUGGUUUUGAAAAUUUUGAGAAGAAAAUUAACUACAAUUUUAAGAAUAAGGCUUAUCUUCUUCAGGCAUUUACUCAUGCCUCCUACCAUUACAAUACCAUUACUGAUUGUUACCAGCGCUUGGAAUUCCUGGGAGAUGCAAUUUUGGACUACCUCAUAACCAAGCACCUUUAUGAAGACCCACGGCAGCACUCUCCAGGAGUUCUAACUGACCUACGAUCCGCUCUAGUCAAUAAUACCAUCUUUGCAUCAUUAGCUGUAAAGUAUGACUACCACAAGUACUUCAAAGCUGUCUCUCCUGAGCUGUUCCAUGUUAUUGAUGACUUUGUACAGUUUCAGAUGGAAAAGAAUGAAAUGCAAGGAAUGGAUUCUGAGCUCAGAAGAUCUGAAGAGGAUGAAGAGAAGGAAGAAGAUAUUGAAGUACCAAAGGCCAUGGGAGAUAUAUUUGAGUCAUUGGCUGGUGCCAUUUAUAUGGAUAGUGGGAUGUCUUUGGAAAUGGUUUGGCAUGUGUACUAUCCUAUGAUGAGGCCAUUAAUAGAAAAGUUUUCUGCAAAUGUGCCUCGUUCCCCAGUGCGGGAGCUGCUGGAGAUGGAACCAGAGACAGCCAAAUUUAGUCCUGCAGAAAGAACUUACGAUGGAAAGGUCAGAGUAACUGUGGAAGUUGUAGGGAAAGGAAAGUUUAAAGGUGUUGGCAGAAGCUAUAGGAUUGCCAAAUCUGCAGCUGCAAGAAGAGCACUACGAAGCCUCAAAGCAAACCAACCUCAGGUCCCAAACAGCUGAGACGCCUCUUAAAAAAAAAAAAAAAAUUAAAAAAAAAAAUUAAAAAUCCUGCAAAAUUUUUUUUUUUAAAGUUGAUGUUGAGAGGAACAAAUUGAAGACAGAAUUUAACGUUUGUUUGAUAACAGAAUAGCUAACAAAACAUUUAACGUGUAAAAUUUUGGAACUAAUUGUAGUUAUAGGUUUUUGCGCAAACACAAUCUUGUCUUCUUUCCUCACUUCUGCUUUGUUUAAUCACAAGAGUGCUUUAAUGAUGACAUUUAGUUAGUGUUCAAAAGAAUUGUUGUCAGGUUUUUUUGGUUUAUUUUUAUUGUCAGUACAGCUUUGCUUAGUGUUAGAAGGACAGGGAUCUUAUGCCUAAUGCAGAUGCUUGAUUUAUACAUAGUAAUCUUGAAAUUCCUCAAUCUGUGCACUAGUGCCAGUCAUAAAGCAGUUUAUAAACUGUACAGGAUGAUUUGGUAUAAGAGAGAAUAAGUGUGCCAGUAUUGUCAUCCCUUCACCCACCCCCAUCCCCACCUCCCAUGUCAUCUUUGCAUCAAGAUGACAUUCUCAGUCAUUAUUGCACUUAUUUGUUAGGGACAGGUUUUUAUUUGAAAUGGCUGGCAUACUGGCAGAAAUAAAUUUCAACUUCCUGAUGCCACAUAGUCUUGCAUAAAAAGGUUCUUGCCUUAAAAGUAAAUAAACCCUCAUUAAUAAUCUUUAAUUUCUGAUCUUUUUGGAACAAACUUGUUUUACAUUCCCUUCAUUUUUAUUAUGCAUUUUAUGAUGAUACAACUCUAUAUUUACAGUACAACACAUUAGUAUAGCUGUGACUUAACUUAUUAGGAUUAUAAUAGAAAUUGUAUUCAUAUAUGUGUAAUGAGGUUAUUUUUAACAAUUCAGAGGAGGUGGUUCGUCUACAGUUUUUUUUUUUUUUUUAAAUACUACAAACAAAAAAUGGUCUUUGGCUAAAAUUCCAAUUUUACACAAACCUGCAAACUAGAUAGUUCCAAGAGUUGGAAACAAAUAGUAAUGAAGAAUUGCACAGUUCAGGCUGUUGCGCUAACAAAAUAGCCUUAGACAUAUCACACCUAAAAUAUGCUGCAGAUUUUAUAAUCAGUUGGUUACUUAUUUAACAAAUGGAGCACCUUUACACUUAGAAAUAUUUCCACAUAAAUUUCUUACUGUGCUUUUCACAGAGUUGCAUGCAUAUUUCACUUACCAAAGCUGUGCUGUUAAAUGCCAUGAAAGCUGAUGUUUGAGAUAAACUGCCGUACUUUUGAUAAAUCUGUGAUUUAGGUCCUUAAUUUGGAGAAACUAGCUCAUUGUAGUUUGUUUAUUGGAAAAAAAUCAUACAUUUUUAGGCUUUGCCUAAAUCAUACAUGUUUCUUUAAUUAGAUUUUUGUAGGCACUCUUCACUUAAAUACCUCAGUUCUGUUCUGUUCUUUUCUUUUUUGCAUGCAUUGUUUUUUUGUUUUGUUUUUGUUUUGGUGCUAUGUUUAUAUAUUAUGCUUGAAAUUUUAAUUUUUUGCACUGUAACUAUAAUACCUCUUAAUUUACCUUUUUUUAAAAAAAAAGCUGUGGGUCAGUCUUGCACUCCCACCAAUAUCAGCAGAGAUUUGCUGCAAUUUUGCCCUGUUAAUUAUGCUUGAAGUUUGAGAAAGCUGAGCAAGGUGUUUUAAUGAUUUCCAGCACAUUGGUCUGAACUUGGUGCUGUUUUAUGUGUUAAAAUUACAAAUAAAUACUGUAUUUCCUGCUUUGAAAACCCCACUCCCUUCCAUACACUUUCACUAAACAAACAACAACAAAAAACCAAACCCUGUCAGCUCUAGCUUUCUAGAAAAUAGAAAAAGAAAACAAAAGCCUUAGUGCAGGGGAUGGACAUUAAGCUUCUCUGAAAUACAGAAUUUUGUAAUUAGAUUUUCUAUCUAAAGUUUUUUUUUAAUAUUAAAAUUAUAAUAAUUCUUACAAAAAUCUGGAAACAAAUUCCUGGUAUUGAUAGUAUAAUAAUACAAGUGCUAUGUUUUUAAAACAAAAUAACAUUACUGUUUUUGUUCUUCAAUCAUUAUGAGAGCAAAAGAGUAUCAUGGGACGUUUAAAACCUGCAAGUCUUAAAAUAUAUUUAAAUUAAACUUGUUUUAUACAAAAGGAAAAAAAAAACUUUGUAGGAGUAAAUUGGUAUGAACCACCACACAAUUAAAAAUUUAUUGAUAACCAUUUCUUUCAGCCAGGAGUCAGAAUUUUACAGCACACCAACGGAAAGUGCAUUAUCACUAAUGUGAAAAUUCCAUGGCACCUGGCCCAAGGGUCAAUUUUUAAGAUAAGUCAUACCAUCCCUAAGGGUUAAAAAGAAUAAAAGUUAAUUAUAUUACAAUGAAUAGUAUAAAAUAAAAAUGGUGGGGUCAUCUGCGAACACUUUAAGAAAUAGGUUUCUUUCUUGGACAUCUGAAGGUCAUGGUUUCUUACGGUUUUGAGGUAAAUCUGUUAGCAGUAAAAAAUGAUAUGGAAAAAUCAAACUUUUGCUACCAAGUGUUUGAUGUAAAGAAAACAAACAAACCGAAUGUGGUAUUAUGCUCUGUAUUUCAGCAGUGGUCAAUGAUCCCCUUGUUACUAGAUAAAGCCUAUGAAUUGGAAAUAAGAAAUGUGUAAAAAGAAAAGGAGUACUUGUGGCACCUUAGAGACUAACAAAUUUAUUUGAGCAUAAGCUUUCGUGAGCUACAGCUCACUUCAUCGGAUGUUGUAGCUCACGAAAGCUUAUGCUCAAAUAUAUUGGUUAGUCUCUAAGGUGCCACAAGUACUCCUUUUCUUUUUGCGAAUACAGACUAACACGGCUGCUACUCUGAAAGAAAUGUGCAGUGGCUGACUAUAGUUUCUGCUGCUGAUGUUUUUUAAAUGCCGUAACUCUUUUCCAGUGUGACCUCACUGAAAUGUUUCAUAUCCUUUGGGAUAGAAAAAUCAUCUUAGUUUCCAUGCUGUACAACUAUGUGUUUCACUCUUCAGUUGAUAUGAUUUGGAUAUUGGAUAGUGUAUGCUAUUAAUGACCUAAAUCUGAUAAUUUGAAGGUUGGGAUAGAAAUCACUUGGCAAUGCUGUAAGCACAAGUGUAAGUGGACUGUUGCAACCCAUCUUCAAAAGCAACCACACAAACUCCUCAGAAAUAGUGUGGGGGUUAGUUGGCAUGAACCUUGUUUUUGAUCUUCUUAGUUCUAUUAUACUGUACUUUAAACAGUCCUCCUAACUAUGCUGCGUUUUUAUUUUUAUUGCUUUUUUUUGCGCUGUUCUAUUCAUGUAGCACAAAUAAGCAUUGCACUUGGUACCAUGCUUUACCUCAUUUCAAGGGAAAAAAUAUGCUUAACAGAGAGGAAAAAUGUGGUUUGGCCUUGCUGCUGUUUUGAUUUACUGAAUUUGAAAAAGAUAAUUAUAAUGCCUGCAAUGUGUCAUUUACUUGUACAACUUAUAUAGGUCAUUUUUAAUGUCUGUGGCAUUUUUACUGGGUAUGAAAAUACAACAAAGACAUGUUAUGAAAAUCUUGAUUGUAUUUUAAAGCUAUUGUUUUUUAUUACAUCAUUUUUACUGUUAUGUGAAGUAAUUAAAAUUAGAAUGACCUCUGACACUCCAGUAUUUAUCUCUGAACAAACCAACAUGCUGUGCGUAUAGUGUAGUUUUUACAAGAAGAGAGCCCAUAGCAAUUUGGUCAACUAAAUCUCCCCUUUUUCUGGAUAUGGAGGGAUCUGUAGUGACUUCUGAAGUGUUUAUUCAGCUUGGUGCUGGUAACAUUGAUAUCAAAAGGCCUACUAUUUUUCAGUCUCAUUACAUGAAGCUAUGCUGUGACCACAGAGUACUGAAUUUAACAAGAAUUCAAGCCAAUCUGAGUACCAGUUCAGAGUAUAAUGCAAAGUCUAGUAGACACAUGGACAGAUCCUUAGUUGGCGCAAAUUGGCAUGGCACCAUUGAGGUUUAGUCAUUUCAGUUUACAUCAGCUGAGGAUAUGCCAUUAAUUGUUGGUUUCUGAGUUUGGGUUUCUGUCCUUGUGUUUAAAAAUAGUAGUCAUCAGGAAAUGUGUGUGCUUAUGUGUAUGACAUAUGUACUGUAGACACACCUAUUUAUAUGGAAAAUACAAGAGGCUUUGAAUCACAAUCUUGGCAGCACUUAUGAAGCUGAAGACCACAAAUUCCUAAGUAAUUUGCUGUGAUGUUACACUUGUCCAUAUUUGGCCACAUCCCAUUCACCUUUUCCCCCCCACAUGAACAGUCUCUUUGAAAAUCAGUGGAUCUAUUGUGAGUCCAAUGAGAAGGAUUUUGACCUGUGGUACUUGAUUAUUGGCACAUUUGUAUUUUUCAACCACUUUAAUUUUCAAGAAGUUAAAAUGGAUUUAUCUUUGUUUUACACAUUAAGUUUAAGAACAUAAAACUAUAAUUUACGGCCCUGAAAUAUAAUCUAAAUAUCAACUGUAGCUCCAUUAGAAUUAUGUUGGCAAAUAUUAGUAGAGGUCAUUGUUGUAUACUCCACUAGCAGUUAAAAUUAACUUCUUUCAAAAGUAACUUUAUAAAUAUAUAUACACUUUACCCAAUAAAUCCUUUAGAUCUCUUCCCCCUUCUAAUUUGAUAGCAACCACAGACUACUUAAAUUGCUUCGUAGAUGCACUCAAAAUGCACUGCAGCCGCAAGUUAGGUAGAAAAACAACAAAUGUUUGUGAACAAGAACUGGGAAUUGCAGGUGUUUUUAUUGUAUAUAGUUUGACAUAAAAGAUGGUUAAAAUCAAGUAGAAUGAAUAACAAAUAAAAUUUGAUGAACAAUAAAAUAUUUACCAUCACAUGCUGCAGCUGUCUUUAAGGGACAUAAAAUGUAAUUCAUUCAUACUGUAAUCAUGCUGCAGAAAUUUGCAGCCUGCACCUUAUGGAUCACAAUUACCUUUAAUAGUUUUUUGUAACAAUUGUAGCUGAGUAUAUCUCCAAUAAAGUUAUGGUCUGUUCA